CUAAAUAUUAAUAUUUCAGAUAAAAUGUCGGACCGAGAUAAGUACCGACUGGUUUUCAAGCAAUCCAAGGCUGUUGUCAAAGACUGGGAGGCGGGCUUCUUCGCUGAGAACCAGCGGAAACCCACCAGGAAGGAGAUCAGCUCAGCUCCGGAGAAGGUUCUAGUCUCUUACAAAAAUUGUAAAAAGAUAAAACUUUAUUUUGAGAAAGAAGAGUUAAAACGUAGUUCAGAGAAGAAAAGAGAAGCCGAGAAGAAAAGAGAAGAGGAAAUUGUUUUGACCAACGCUGAGGGAGACUCAGAGUCUAAAGGGGACGCGAAUCUUAGUUUUUCAGGGAUAUUUCCUAAGAACGAUACUGGAGGAGGGGGUGGCGCUAGUUCUGCCUGCACGGAUAUUUCUAAUCUAAAAACGGUUUGGGGUCAACAUCUUAAUAAGAAGGUUGAAACCCGGGAGGUUUCGAACCAUGCGAUCUUAGGGAAACUAUCCUUCUCCGAAACCAGCACAACCCGCUCUAGUAUCAAGAGACGAGGUAGGUUAGGGAACAAGUCUCAGUCUUUCUUCGGUUCUCUGGGAGAUGAUUCAACCUUACUUGGAGAUCUCUCCCAAUCUUCAUUUCUAGAUGAUACGCAAACUAGCUUUAAUUUGGAGAAAACUGUAUCCGAGCCUAGCUCUAUCCUUCCUACAACAGAAACCUUGAACAGUGAGGAAACCAUGUCUCUAGAUAUUUUUCCAGAUGUUCAAUCGCAUGUUUCCGUAGCUCCGGGUUCACGUGCAGCAGCUAGACCUGCCGCAAGUAGUUCUAGACACCUGGAUACAGGAUGGUUGGAAAGAUGUGUAGAGAUUGAAAAAGAUUCUCCCGCACUUCCUCAACCCACAACUGUUCCGCUAACUUGUCUUAUUUCUGAGAUACCUUCAGAAGAUCAACCUAAACCUAGAACAUCAAACAAACCUAGAACCACAGAAAAGGAUCCGGAUACUGAUAAAUCCAAAAUAAUUUCCGAAUCCAAAGUUAUUUCCGAACCUACAACCUUCAAAGGAAUUUUGUCAGAUGUCUCUGCUUCCCACACAGAACCAGAUCUCCCAACUGUAAAACGUGCAAAACCCAGAUCUUCUAAUGCUAAUAGAACAGAAGAGUCUAAACUAGUUACCAUUUCUGCCGUUCAGAAAAUUAAUCCUAUCAUUUCUCCUGUUAAGAAAUCUAAACCUAUCAAAAAAACUAAACCUUCCAAAGAACCUGGCCCUGUUGAAAUCUCUGAAGCUGAAGGAAAAGGAAAACCUUCCAAGAAACCAAAACCUAGAGGAAAACGAAAGAGGCCUUCUACCGAUGACGAAUUUGACCCAAUAAAUGAUCCUGAACCUAAACCAUCCAAAGAACCAGCAUCAGCUAAACCCGCAAGACGGAAACCGGCAAAGAGAAGUAAAACUGAGGUGAGCGAAGAAGAAUUAUCAAACCCUACUCCGGAGACAGAGGACGGACCAACCUCGCUAAACCUGUUUGCUCUCGGGUUUGAAGAAACAAUGGAGAAACCUGUUAUAAAAAUGAAAGUUUUAAUGACUCAGGAGCAAAGGUUAGCCAGUAAUGUUGCGUCGGGACGUGCGAAUGAGAACUAUAAGAAGAUUGAUCUGAAAAAGAAGUCCUACAGUAAAGGGAAGCGUACCGGAGAAUUUCUCAAGAAAAUGGAUUACAAGAGAAAACUAGCACAUAAGGAAGGACGAAGUAUAAAGGAGUAUAAGUGCUACCAAUGUGGAGAGCUAGGACACUUCUCAAGGCAGUGCACAGGAGGAGCUGGGGACAAACUAAUCCCCCAGGAAAUGGCCGAAGAUUUUGCCGUAGAAGAAUUUCCCAGUCUUGAAGAUGCAAAGAAUAUGGCUUUAAGCUCAACCAACUCUAAGAAUUGUCAGAAAGUAUUUACUAAGUCUGAAGAUUCAGCUGUCUCGAAUUAUAUCAACCUCGAGGACGAUGAAGAGGAUUUACUGGAAGCCGUCAGACAAUACGAACUAUCGGAGGCAACACCAGAGAUCCAACUCACAACUAAGCCCUACCUUGAGUCGGAGAAGUUUGACAAUAACCUGAUCUACGAAACUCUGAAAAAGUUCGGCUACGACAAUUUCCGUCCUGGACAGGAGGAAGGAAUCAUGAGGAUUCUCCGAGGGGAAUCAAGUUUGGUUCUCCUCGCAACAGGUUCUGGUAAAUCCUUGAUUUAUCAGCUCCCAGCUUAUCUUUAUGCGGAGAAAUAUAAUUCUAUAACUAUAGUAGUAUCUCCGCUAGUCUCCCUGAUGGAGGAUCAGGUUACUGGUCUCCCUCCCUUCCUUCGAGCUGCAGCUCUACAUUAUAAUCUCACACCAAAGAUGAAGGAGAAGGUUGUAGAGCAGGUGAAGAGUGGAAAACUUCAUUUCCUUCUUGUAUCUCCGGAAUCUGUGGCUGGAGGAGGAGGAAUGUUUGGUUCCUUAAUACAAUAUCUUCCUCCUAUUGCGUUUGUUUGUAUUGAUGAAGCACAUUGUGUCUCUCAAUGGUCUCACAACUUCAGACCAAGUUAUCUUAGGUUAAGUAAAGUUAUAAGAGAGAAGCUAGGCGUUAAAACUAUCCUUGGACUUACUGCUACAGCUCCGGAGAGAAUGAUUAGCAGUGUCGCUGAGCAGUUGGGAGUCCCGGAGAACGGAGUCAUCAGAGGACCUCUUCUUCCAAAUAACCUCACUCUGUCAGUAUCUAGAGACGGGGAGAGAGAUGUUGCUUUACUCUCUAUGCUCUCGGAGGAUGGUGCUCUAGGUGAAUGUGAUAGUGUUAUUGUGUACUGUACCCGGAGAGAGGAGUGUGAGCGGAUAGCGACAUUUCUCCGAACCAAACUCCAAGAGAGGGAUAUAAUGCUGUCAGAAAGACGGGCCAAUAAAGUGAGAAUGAGUGCUACAUCGGAACCCUACCACGCUGGGAUGACGCCAAGUCGGAGAAGAACCGUUCAAAACCACUUCAUGUCAGGCAAACUCAGAAUUGUAGUUGCUACAGUUGCAUUUGGGAUGGGGAUAGAUAAAUCUGAUAUCCGUGCUAUAGUUCACUACAACAUGCCGAAAACAUUUGAAUCCUAUAUCCAGGAGAUAGGACGAGCUGGAAGGGAUGGAUUGCCGGCAAGAUGUCAUCUCUUCCUUGGAACGGAGGGAAAAGAUCUUUCUGAGUUGAAAAGACACAUUUACUCCAACUCGAUAGAUCGUCAUACGCUUAGAAAAUUACUUCAUUUGAUAUUUGAAGUAUCAGAUGAAAGUGAAAACUCAUCUGUUGAUUAUAAAGAGGUUGCUCUGUCUGUAGAUACAACUAUAGAAGCUUUGGAUUUGCCGGAGGAAAAUAUCUCAACCCUGCUCUGCUACCUUGAAUCGAGCAGUUUCAGUGAAACGGAGAAAAUUCCUUGGGUUAAGCUUCAGAACCCUGUUUACUCCACCUGCAGGAUCCAGUGUUACGGGGGGCCUUUACAGCUCAGAUUAGCUGCUUCCUCCAACCCUCCUCUAGCAGCAGCAAUAGCACUUCAAAGACAGAAAGGAGUUGAUUUCUCAGGAGCUUCAAGUUUAGAGUUUCCUGUUGUUGAUGUUAGCUCCAGGAUGGGUUGGAACUCCGGGGUUGUGAAGAAGGAGUUGAAGAACCUGGAAUGGAAAUCUACUCCUUCAGGUUGGAGGAAAACAGGGAUUAUAGUUGAGUUUAGUAAUCUUGCAUUUCAUUUUGAUGCGCUCCAGGGACUAUCGGAGAAGCAGAUUGAUAAACUACAGAACGAUAUAUUUGAAAGAUCAAGGAACCAGGAGUUUUCUGAACUCUCAAACCUUCUCCGACUUCACAGAGCUUUUACUCUGGUUUCUUUCAAAUCUCAAUCUGAGGCUGUGGAUGAAGUCCUCGUAGAAAGGUCGGACAAGUUGAAGGAGUAUGUUGCCAGCUAUUUCAGUGAUUCGGAGAAGAUCUUGGACGAAGUUAAAACCAUCCCGGAGCACUGUGAGGAGGACCAGGAUAUACGUAACAAGGUCCGGGCCUUCGUCAGCAGUCACGUUGAUCAUACGUGGAACGGGCGAGCAGUAGCGAGAAUAUUUCACGGGAUUCAGAGUCCUAAUUUCCCGGCCAAACAGUGGGGUCGGGUCUACAAAUAUUGGAGAUCACACCUUCAUAUAGACUUCAAUAUAUUGGUAAAAAUUGCGUCAGAAGAGGUUUUACGCAUGCGCACUGGCGACUAGUGCGGAGAAAUUUCUAAGGAUGUUCAAUGAAGUAUUGUUAAGAAAUGUUAAAAUCCAUUUUCACUGUAAUGUCCAAAUAUUAGAUAUUUCAAGUGCCUUUUUAUUAGUAAUACUCUAAUCUUAAAAUAUGAUUUAUCUUCUUAGAAAAUUGAAAAUUUAAUAUUUUUAUAUAACGUAUUAUCUCGACUUUUGAAUUUAUGAAUUAAUUGUCCCUAAUUUAGUGUGAUUAAGACAUAAAUGUGAUAUUUAUGAAUAUUUCCAUA